AAGCGGCUGAGACGGGGCCAAGAGGCUGGGGGUUAAUUUAACCGGAGGGGGUGGGAAGGGCUGUAGGGCUAACCUGUCAGUUUGCCACCAUGAAUGUGGUUUUUGCUGUGAAGCAGUACAUUUCCAAAAUGAUAGAGGACAGCGGGCCGGGUAUGAAAGUACUUCUCAUGGAUAAAGAGACGACUGGCAUAGUGAGUAUGGUAUACACACAAUCGGAGAUUCUUCAGAAAGAAGUAUACCUUUUUGAACGCAUUGAUUCUCAAAAUCGAGAAAUCAUGAAACACCUGAAAGCAAUUUGUUUUCUUCGACCUACGAAGGAGAAUGUGGAUUAUCUGAUUCAGGAGCUCCGAAGACCCAAAUACAGUAUAUAUUUUAUUUAUUUCAGUAAUGUGAUCAGCAAGAGUGAUGUGAAGUCAUUAGCUGAAGCUGAUGAACAGGAAGUUGUGGCUGAGGUUCAGGAAUUUUAUGGUGAUUACAUUGCUGUGAAUCCACAUUUAUUUUCUCUCAAUAUUUUGGGUUGCUGCCAGGGUCGAAAUUGGGAUCCAGCCCAGCUAUCCAGAACAACUCAAGGACUGACAGCGCUCCUUCUAUCUCUGAAGAAAUGUCCCAUGAUUCGUUAUCAGCUUUCAUCAGAGGCAGCAAAGAGACUUGCAGAAUGUGUUAAGCAAGUGAUAACUAAAGAAUAUGAACUGUUUGAAUUCCGGCGGACUGAGGUUCCUCCAUUGCUACUUAUUUUAGAUCGCUGCGAUGAUGCCAUCACCCCAUUGCUAAACCAGUGGACAUAUCAGGCCAUGGUCCAUGAACUACUGGGCAUAAACAACAAUCGGAUUGAUCUUUCCAGAGUGCCGGGGAUCAGUAAAGACCUAAGAGAGGUGGUCCUAUCUGCUGAAAACGAUGAAUUCUAUGCUAACAAUAUGUACCUGAACUUUGCUGAGAUUGGUAGCAAUAUAAAGAAUCUCAUGGAAGACUUUCAGAAGAAGAAACCAAAAGAACAGCAAAAACUAGAAUCAAUAGCAGACAUGAAGGCCUUUGUUGAGAAUUACCCACAGUUCAAGAAGAUGUCUGGAACUGUAUCAAAGCAUGUGACAGUGGUUGGAGAGCUGUCUCGGUUGGUCAGUGAGCGGAAUCUGCUGGAGGUUUCGGAGGUUGAACAAGAGCUGGCCUGUCAAAAUGACCAUUCUAGUGCCCUCCAGAAUGUAAAGCGGCUCCUGCAGAACCCCAAAGUGACAGAAUUUGAUGCUGCCCGCCUUGUGAUGCUUUAUGCUCUACAUUAUGAGCGACACAGCAGCAAUAGCCUACCAGGACUAAUGAUGGACCUCAGGAAUAAAGGUGUUUCUGAAAAGUAUCGAAAGCUUGUGUCUGCACUUGUUGAAUAUGGUGGUAAACGGGUCAGAGGAAGUGACCUCUUCAGCCCCAAAGACGCGGUGGCUAUUACCAAACAGUUCCUCAAAGGACUGAAGGGAGUAGAAAAUGUAUAUACUCAGCAUCAACCUUUCCUACAUGAAACCCUGGACCAUCUCAUCAAAGGAAAGCUUAAGGAAAACCUGUACCCUUAUCUAGGUCCCAGCACACUCAGAGACAGGACACCAUUGACCACCAGAAGACUAUAUUGUGUAUGAUUAGUUCACGACAGCAGACCUUCCUAAUGCUGACCCCCAGAUAGUCACAGCAGAGAGUAAACUAUUGGUAGAGUGUCCUCUAUCUCCUUGACCGCACAUUCUUACAGCGUUGGAUUUUUUUUCCCACAGAACUCAUCCUUUAAUGAAUGUUAAACCCAUUGUGACUGUACUUUAGAAGCCAUUAUUAUCUCAUAUCAUUGGUACUUCUAGAACCAAUAUAGUGGGAAGAAUUAAAAUUGUACAUCCUUAGAACUUUAGUGUUAAAAUGAAAUUGUGUAUAUCCAUGAGGGUAAUACUAUGGUAAAAGUUGCAAGGACGCAUGCCAGUUUUUAAAAUGACAGCCAACUGUAGCCUACUUGAUCCCCUUCCCUAUGAAAUAUAUCCCUAAAGAUCCUGACAAGAACUGAACUUGAGUUUUAGCUGUUCGUAUUCUCCUUCCUCUUCUGUAGAAAUAUUAGUAAGAAUUGAAACAACACAUAUCACUUGGAAACAAAGAAGAGAACCUGUAUUUUGCCUGAAUAGUCAGUGGCUGAAUAAGUGAGAGUUCAUUAUACUUGGCAGAAAAAUAUCACUAUCAUUAUUGUACAGCUCUUCCUAAGCAAAUGACCUUUCUCCACAAAAGGAAGCUGGCCAGUAUCUGGAGGCAAGGACUUGAAGGAAAAGCUAGAUAGUGUAGAAGAUUUUAGUGAUUCAUGGACAGUGGUAAUGCUUUCCUGUAAGUUGGUAAAGAAACUCUUUCCUGCAGCCUAAAGCACCAGAUUAGUAUUGGAUUAAUAAUUUAGCCUGAAGAUUUGUAUCUGCUUCUUUGCGCUACUAGAGGAAAUCAUGCACUUUAUAGAUUAGUGCCACUACAGAUUCAUUGUUCCUAACCUCACUUGGGCCUUCAGGGAUACCCAGUCAAACUUUUACGUAUCCUUAGUUAUAUCUUUGUCUCAAUCUCUGCAUCAGUUUUGAAUGUUUCCCUUCUCUCCAUAUCACCUAACCCACCCCAGCCCACACAGUGUUUCCUACUUCACAGAGAAAAAAAUUUGUCUGUCAGACGUUAACCCCUUCAAUGGCCAGCUUCUCUAUUUAUAAACUUAUUUACGUGUACCUACCUUUUUCUCCUUCCUCCAUUCUAAAGGAAAUAUAUGCUUUUUUCCUAUUUAGAACUAAUCUCUCUGCCAGCACUCGUUUUAGACUUCUACCAUCUCUUCUGAAGCCCUUCUCUUGGUUAUUUGCCUAUAUUUUCAGCUUCUCCUACUCUAACUACUUUCCCACAGGCUAUAAGCAUCCUCAAGUUUCUCCUAUUAAACAUGUAAUAAAUUUAAAGCGCUUCAGCCUGGAUUCUCCUCUAACCUAUCUCCUUCCCUUCACAGUUAGGCUUCUUGGAUAAAGUCACUGUCUUCACUUCUCACCUCUUCAGUCCAUGUACCCUGGCUUCUUACUCCACUCUGAUACACUAAAACUUUUCUUGCAAAAUCACAUUGCGAGAAUGUGCACAGUGGUCUCUUUCAGUCCUCACUGUAUUUACCCCACUACUGCAUUUAACACCGUUAACCAUUCUAUUCUUGAAACUCCUGUGUCCCUUGGCCUCUCCCUUCUAGGUCUCCUCCUACCUUUCUGACAAUUUGCUUCUCAGUUGCCUUUGCUGGCUACUCUUCUUGCUUAUCCUAUAGAUGUCAAAGACUCUUCCAAAACUCUGUCUUUUGGUUUUCUUCUCAUUCUACAUAAUCUCCCAAGGUAGAACUCAUCUAUUUCCAUGGCUUUAGCUGCCCCCUGUAUUCAGGGUAAUCAUCACGCCUGAAUAUCCAGAUGUCUAGUGGCCAUCUCCAUUGGAAUGUUCCACGGGCAUCUCAGACAUAACAUGUUUUUGUCUUAGUUUCAGUAAAUCAGUCUUCCUUUCUUCCCUCUCAGACCUAAACCACCAUACCUACUCACCAAAACCAGAAAACUUAAAGUUGUCAUGGACCCUUCCUUUAUCCUCAUCUUCCACAUUUAAUCAUUGACCACACACUGAAGAGUCUACAUUUUUUGUGUCUACUGUAUCAGUCUUUCCUCUCCAAUUCUGGUAUUUCUUUAGUUCCUAUUUUCAUCAUAUCUUCCUAGAAGUCUUACAGUAGUGUUUUGUUCUCCAGCUUUUCCCAACAGGAACCCCCAAUUCAUUCUCACACAGCACCGAAAUUAUCCUUCAAAAAAGCAAAUUUGUUUAUGGUAACCUGUUAAAACCCUUCAGUGAUUGCCCCAUGGCCUAUAAGAUUCAAGGCUUUCCAUGACCUGGCUUCCGCUUACUUCUCCCUCUCUUUCUCUCACUGUGUCCCCAACUUAUAUGCUUCACUGCAGCCAGAAAGGAGGAGUUAGGAUGACUCCAAAGCUUUUGUCCUAAGCAACUGAAAGGAUAGAAUGGCCAUCAACUAAGAUGGGGAAAGCUAUAGGUAAAAAAAGCCUGGAGGAGAAGAGUAGGGAUUUGAACAUGUUGAAUUGAGAAAUCUGUUAAACAUGCAAGUGGAAAUGUCGAAGUAGACAGAUAUUUAAGUCUUGCGUUUAGGAGAGAGGUCUGGGCUGGAGACAGAUUUUGGAGUCAUCGGCAGAUAGAUGUAUUUAAAACCACAAAACUGGGUGAGAUCAUCUAGGGAAGUGCUGUUCAAUAGAACUUUCUACAAUGAUGAAAAUGUGCUAUAUCUAUGCUAUCUAAUAAGGUAGCCACUAGCCGCAUGUGACUGUUGAGCACUUGAAAUGUGGCUAAUUCUACUGAGGAACUGAUUUUUCAUUUUAUUUUAACAAUUUAAAUGCAAAUAGCCAUGUGUAGCUAGUGGCUACUGCAUUGGACAGAGCAGAUCUAGGGAGUAACUGUAGAGCAAGAAGAAAGGAAAACCGAUGACUGGGCUCUGGACACUCCACCAUUAAGAGUUUAGGGAGAUGAGGCGAGGCCGUCAAGGGACACUGAAAAAUAGCAACUAGUGAAGUAGGAAAAAAACCAAGAAUGUGAUCUCCUGGAAACCAAGUGAAGAAAGUAUAUCAAGGAGAAGCAAGUGAUCAGCUUAGUCAGUUUAGAAGGACCAAUAUAUAUACACACACACACACACACACACACACACCCCUAGAUAAUAUCCCUGAGAGGAUACUUAAGACAUGAGUAAGAGUGUUUGCCUCUAGAAAGAAAUGAGGGUGCAAGAGGACCAAGGUGAAAGGGAAACUUGCUUUAUUUUUUUUUUUUUACAGUGUACCCUUUUGUAUUUUAUACAACAUGCAAACAUUUACCUAGUCAAAAACAGUACAUUUUAAAAUAAUAAAACAUGAUUGUAGAAUAUAUAACAGUAUGUAACUCUAAAAGCAUUAUGGUAUUAAAUACAUUGUUUCUGGUGAGUGGUCUUGAAUGAAUCUUAUUUUGUCUUAAAUAAAUUUAGUGUUUCAGAGACGUGA